AACCUGGGUCUCGCGCAUGCGUGCGCCGUACAAAUCAUUUGGCGGGUUUUUCCGGGCUACACUGUUUUGCUCCCAUCUCUGAGAAGCUCUGCAGUGGCUUUUAGGAAGCAGGACGUUCCAGGAGAGCGAACUUCUCAAGCUUUCUGUUUUCUUUCUCUAGGCGUUUGAGGGCUUCCAAAAAAAGAAGGAAAUAGUGUUUCUCCGUGACUGACGACUGGGCCCUUCUGACCGCCUGAGGUCUUGGGCCAUUUGGUCACUCUCCGCCUCAGACCCUCGGAGGGUGAAAGGAUCAGAGGGACCUCGUUCUGCUCAUCGAUCUCCACGCUUGUGGGUUUCUUGGCGUCAGGUCGGAGCUAGGGUGGGCCCGGCCCCUGUCCCCCUCCUGGGUCAUCAUGGCUGUGUCCGCCCAGCUCUUGGUGGAGGAGUUGCAGAUCUUCGGCCUAGAAUGCGAGGAGGCUGUGAUUGAGAAAUUGGUAGAAUUGUGCAUUCUGUAUGGACAGAAUGAAGAGGGAAUGGCCAGCGAGCUUAUAGCCUUCUGCACCAGCACACGUAAAGACUGCUUUACCUUAGAGACCCUGAAUUCUUUUGAGCACGAGUUUCUGAGCAAAAGAGUAUCCAAAACCCGACAUGGCGCCUCCAAGGACAAAGGGCUCAGGCACGCAGGAGCCAGAGACAUUGUUUCCAUACAAGAGCUAAUUGAAGUGGAGGAGGAAGAGGAGACCCUCUUGAACUCUUACACCACACCCUCUAAGGGUUCUCAGAAGCGAACUAUCACCACCCCAGAAACCCCCCUCACAAAGAGGAGUGUGUCUGCUCGGAGCCCCCAUCAGCUCCUCUCACCAUCGAGUUUCUCUCCAAGCGCUACUCCCCCUCAGAAAUACAGCUCGAGAAGUAACCGGGGAGAAGUGGUUACCUCCUUUGGCUCGGCACAGGGGGUGUCUUGGUCCGGGAGAGGAGGAGCUAGUCCCCUCAGCCUGAAGGUCUUGGGACAUCCAGAGCCGCUCACCGGGAACUACAAAUACAUGUUUCAGAAGCUCCCAGACAUUCGAGAAGUUCUGACCUGUAAGAUAGAAGAACUUGGCAGUGAACUCAAGGAACAUUACAAAAUUGAGGCUUUUGCUCCCAUUCUAGUCCCAGCACAGGAGCCCGUCACCCUGCUGGGCCAGAUCGGCUGUGACAGCAACGGGAAGCUGAACCACAAGUCGGUGAUUCUGGAGGGAGAUCUGGAACAUUCCUCAGGUGCUCAGAUUCCAGUGGAUCUAUCUGAGCUCAAAGAAUAUUCUCUAUUUCCUGGACAGGUGGUGGUCAUGGAAGGAAUCAACACCACGGGUAGAAAACUUGUUGCCACCAGACUCUACGAGGGUGUGCCGCUCCCGUUCCAUCAGCCCGAUGAAGAGGAUGGAGAUUCUGAGCAGUUCAUGGUCCUGGUGGCCUGUGGGCCGUACACCACAUCUGACAGCAUCACCUUUGACCCCCUGCUCGACCUGAUCACCAUCAUCAACCGCGACCGUCCGGACGUCUGCAUCCUGUUUGGCCCUUUCCUGGACGCUAAGCAUGAACAGGUUGAGAGCUGUCUGCUGACGAGCUCAUUUGAAGAUGUUUUCAAGCAAUGUCUCCGAACAGUUAUUGAAGGAACACGAAGCUCCGGCUCCCACCUCAUCGUCGUCCCGUCGCUGAGAGACGUACACCACGAGCCCGUGUACCCACAGCCUCCCUUCAGCUGCUCCGACCUGCUUCGAGAGGACAAAAAGCGAGUGAAGCUUGUGUCCGAGCCCUGCACCCUCUCCAUAAACGGAGUGAUCUUUGGUUUGACAUCCACCGACCUGCUGUUCCACAUGGGGGCCGAGGAGAUUAGUAGUUCUUCUGGAACUUCAGACCGGUUCAGCCGAAUUCUUAGACACAUCCUGACCCAGCGGAGCUACUACCCGCUCUACCCACCCCAGGAGGACAUGGCCAUCGACUACGAGAACUUCUACCUCUACGCUCAGCUGCCCGUCACCCCCGACGUCUUCAUAGCCCCAUCAGAGCUGAGAUACUUCGUGAAGGACAUCCUCGGCUGCGUCUGUGUGAACCCGGGGCGCCUCACCAAAGGCCAGGUGGGGGGCACCUUCGGCCGACUCUACCUCAGGAGGCAGACCGCAGGCGGCCAGGGGCGACAGAGUCCGUGUGCUGCCGCCCAGGUGGUCAGGAUCUGAGCCACCGUCCUUCGUCAGCCCCGUCACGCGGGUCUCACAGACGUCGGGACUGGGAGUAGCCCUCUGACAGGCUCCCACCCGUGGAAGGGGCAGGGGCCCUCCGGGAAGGCCUCGGGCAGCUGGUCCCCAUCCCUGAGUCCAGCUUCUCUGGAAGAAAACUGUUGUUUCUUCCUGGACACUCGGAGUCCAGAGAGAACUGGCCGUGGGCGCAGCAUGCUCAGGAAGGCCAAGGCUUCACGAUUCCAUAUGUGAGUCAGACAGGGAAACAGCUUUUGGAGAAAUAGAAUAAAUUCUGUAACUUCUGCGUUGAA